AUGGGGGCAAACAACAGCAAACCUAAGAGACUUUCGUAUAUCAUGCCAGACCCGGAACCAGAAGAAGAAAUAGACGAGGAGCUAUCUUCUGACCCGGCGGUAAAUUUCAAUCAACCCACAGUUAAUAAAUUCCUAGAUGAGAUGAGAAAAGAGAUUCGGUCCCAGUUUGGUACAGUUCUGGCUUUCCCGCUCUCCGGCCUUUUAGCAGGUAGCCCUGCUCUCGGUUGGCCAACCACCUUCUGGCUAUGGGGAGUUGUCAGCUUCAUCUGCUUAGGACUGCUUGCAUGGUUGGGCGCUGCUUCUCCUUACGAUCACCCAUCUCUGAGAGCUGAAGAGUUUACUUAUAUAAUGUCUGAUGGCAAUGCCGAUGCUGUUCCGAAAAAACGCAAAGUCCCGUGGCGUCAUAUUCUAAAAAGUAAGCCGAUGUGGGGCGUGAUCGUCUCGCAUGCCGGCAGUGCCAUGGCCUAUCUUUUUGUCCUCAUGCAGAUUCCUAUUUAUAUGAGCAAGGUCCUUGGCGUCGGUAUCAAAAAGAAUGGAGUGUAUUCUUCUCUCCCUUACAUAGCGAUGUACUUCAGUGCGUUAUUAUUUGGCUACCUUGCUGAUAUGUGUGUUACUAAAAACAUAAUGUCUAUCGCCAAUGUACGAAGAGUAGCAAAUACAAUUGGAAUGGUGGUAUCAGGAGCCUUUUUGGUUGGAUUUUGCUUCGUCAAUAGCAUGUUGCCUGCGGUUAUUGUCCUGGUCUUGUGUUUGGGUUUGCAUUCGGGCGUUCAUGUCGGUUUCCAUAUAAACACAUUAGAUUUAGCACCUAACUUCUCUGGAAUUUUGAUGUCUAUAGGAAACAUGAUCGCAAAUCUCUCCAGCUUGUUAGUACCUGUAAUGAUUUCCAAUGUUGUUGGGGAUGAUACGGGAAAUCAGCACAAGUGGCAGAUAAUGUUCAUAGUCAUAGCGAGCAUCCAGGUGAUCGCAAACGUCGUCUUCGUGAUCUUCGUGAAGGGUGACGUGCAACCGUGGAACUUUUAUGGGGAUGAUGAUAAUGGUGAAAAUUUGAAUUCUCAUAAGAAGAAAUCUGUUGUAAUAUAGUUGAUACUUUCUAUAAUUGUUAAUUAAAAAAGUAAUAAAUAUUAAUUAAAAUGA